UUUACCAUUUGGUGCGGAUCUACAUUUGACCUAUUUUCGAUAGUUUACUCCUGGAAACCGUACACAAAAUGCAGGAGGGUUAACAGACCAGCUAUCCAAAAUGCCAGAAAACGCCCGUGUAGUCGUGUGCUACGGACCAUAUGAAUCGUGUGGAGUUGUGGAUCAUAGAGAGGAGAGGUUACAAGGACUGCAGACUGUUCUAACUAGAGAUGGCCAUCAGGUAGACCUACAAAAGAUGGCUGAUCAUAAUACAGUACAACUCUAUGUGAAUGGGGAACUAAUAUUCACAUGCAACAUCAAAGAUCUGGAAUUUGGUGGAGAUGGGCAGCUGGACAGUCUGUGUGCUCAGGCACUAGAUGCAGUGAAGAAGGCAUUUUAAACAGAUCUGAUGAGAUCAAAUAUAAUCAGUCAAAUAGUCUAUUAAUCAAAUAAUUAAGCUCAAUCCUGAUUGGACUAAUAAAACGCCGGUUUAUGAGAAGCAUGGACAAGUUCACAGUUAUAGAAGUUAUUAGUUUUCUUUAUCGAACUGAUGAUAUUUUGGAUAAUACUUUUUUGAGGUGACAGGUUUCUCACAUAGCUUCUUUUUUUUCACACAUAUUGAUGUUUUAAGCAGUAUGAUUCCAGCUGUAGAAAACACUUAAAAGAUUACAUUAAUGUUACAGAGAUAUAUAGAUUUACAACAUAAAUUUUAUCUGAAUAAACUUACGAAAUAUUAACACAGGUA